AACCCCUUCGUUAGCUCAUCCAAUCAGCGCACUUCUUGUUAGCGCUCGCUCUAUCCUCCUUCCUGACUCCAAACAGCUUCUUUCAAUAAUAAGGCCAUGGGCAAGAAACACAAGAAGCAUAAGUCUGAAUGGAGGUCCUACGAUGCCGACUAUUCGGACACACUGCUCGAAAAGCCCUUAAAGCUGGUCCUUAAAGUUGGUGGCAGUGAAGUGACCGAGCUGUCAGGAUCAGGGCACGAUUCCAGCUUCUACGACGAUCGUUCGGAUCACGAACGCGACCGCCACAAAGAGAAGAAGAAAAAGAAGAAGAAAAAGUCUGAAAAGGAGAAAGAUAAGUACUUGGAUGACGAAGAAAGGAGGAGGCGGAAGGAAGAGAAGAAGCGGAAGCGGGAAAAGGAGCAUUAUGAUUCCCAAGACGAAACAGAAUAUUUUGAACCUGUGAAAAAAGUCGAAGCCGAUUCACCCGUUCAUCAUCCGGUGACGGCGCCUAGGGUGCAGCAAACGGAGACGGAAAAAAACCCAAUACAGCAGCUUCUGGAACAUUUCCUCCGCCAGCUGCAGCAGAAGGACCCGCACGGAUUCUUUGCCUUCCCUGUUACCGAUCAGAUUGCGCCCGGCUAUUUCAUGAUCAUAAAGCAUCCGAUGGAUUUCAGCACCAUGAAAGAAAAGAUUGACAUGAACGAAUACAAAUCGAUCACGGAGUUCAAGGCCGACUUUAAACUGAUGUGCGACAACGCCAUGACCUACAACGGCCCGGAAACGGUCUACUAUAAGUUGGCCAAGAAGCUGCUUCACACGGGCUUCAAGAUGAUGAGCAAGCAAGCCGCUAUUUUGGGAGCGGAAGAGGCGCCGGUCGUCGAACCUGCUCCGGAAAUAAUUGUGCCUAUUCCGAUAGAGACUACAAAAAAACACAAAAAGCCUCCCAAGGAGAUUAUCCCCUGUAUUUUCGAGCCGGAAGGGAACGCCUGCAGUCUGACGGACAGCACCGCGGAAGAACACGUAUUGGCUCUCGUUGAACACGCGGCUGAUGAAGCCCAUGACAAAAUCAACAGACUCUUACCAAACUCCCGAAUAGGCUACCUAAAAAAGAAUCCGGACGGCUCGUUACUCUACACUGUCGUCAACUCCGAUCUGGACGGUGAAGAGGAGGAAACUCAUCCGGUGGACCUGGGCUCGUUGUCAAGCAAGCUGUUACCUAGUUUUACAACGCUGGGGUUCAAAGAUGAUCGCAGACACAAGGUCACCUUUCUGAACAGCACCAGCACGUCCCUGUCCUUACAGAAUAACACCCUGUUCACGGAUCUCAAACCCGAUGAGAUGGAACUGAUGUAUGCCGGUUAUGGCGACGACACGGGGAUACAGUGCGCGCUGAGCCUACAAGAGUUUGUAAAAGACUGCAGCAGUUAUGCCAAAAAGAUGGUGAACGACAUGCUUGAUCAGAUGACUGGGGGAGAUCAUUCCAAAGCCAUUUAUCAGAUUAAACAGAGGAGGAACAUGCAGAUGAACCUCCCUGAAGAUCUAAAAGUGCCUCUGUUAAUGAUCAAAGAGGAGCCCCGAUUACAUCCUCAUUGCCCAGACCCUUCCUCUAAACACAUGAUGAUGGGAGAGCCGCUGAGGGACUGUAACAGCUCAGCUCUUGAUUUUAUAGCCAUAAAGUCAUACUCUGAUGUGUCCCUUGACAUGUCCAUGCUGAAUUCUUUGGGUAAAGUCAAGAAGGAACUCGACCAUGAUGAUGGUCAUCUAGGUUUAGAUGACCACACUAAACUGUUGCACGACUUCCACGACGUCCACGCUGACAGGGUCGGAUCUCGGCUAUCGUCGAAUAUAAGCUCCUUGUCUAACAGCUCGGACCGAGAUCACCAUCACCAUCUCGGCAGCCCUCGCCUCGGCAUUGGGGAACAGCAAGACAUUCCUGACCCGUACGAAUUCCUUGAGUCUCCAGACCCUGACAGCACCAAUUAAAUUGUGUAAAUAUUUUUGUAAGAUGUUCUUGUUUUGUGUCUGUUACCCCAAAUCUCAUUAAUAUACCAUUUCUGUGUAGUCCCGAGCAGUAGAAAAUAUUUAAGGCAUUUUUCUACUAGUCUGACAUUUAUUCAUUGUAAAGAUAUAUUAUCUUUAAAACACCUAUAUUUAUAAUUAUCCCUAUAUAGGUUAGGAGUGUUGUAAUUAGUCCAAUUUUCCUUUAUUAACAAUGGCCAUUAUUAAGUAAAAGCUUGUCACAUUCAUUUGGACAAUAUUGUGUGGUUAUUGAGUUAACAUUCUCAGGAUCAUUAUUACACCAGACAGACAGAUCUGCUAAUCCGGCCAAUAAUUAUCUUUGAAACCCUUCCUAAACAUAUGGUAUGGAUCUUCUUUCUGAAAUGCAAGCAUUCCGGUAUACCUUCACGCUGAAUAUCAAGGAAUCCAGAUUUUUGCACUUUUUUUUAAGGGAAGUUCUUAGAUUUAUCAAGAUCCGUGGAAUAUGGCCUUAUAGGGGGACAUAUUGUAUAGGGGCAUUGUUAGUUCAAUUGUAAGCUCUAGUGGACAAGUUGUUGAAAAUAAACUAUUUCCCCCAGCUGUAGAUAGGUCGGUGAAUGCCAUGGAAAGAUACCCUUUUUUUGUGAUACAGUGACAAGGAAGCUGAAGAGGUGGCCGUGUUCCAGGAACAUCGCCAACUGUGAUCAACACAAUAAGUAAGAAGGCAGAUGAGGCACUGUAAUAAUUUUUGACACCGCCUGUUUUAAAUGACAGAUUCCAGUGUUUUAUUAGAACUUUAUUGGAGGGUCCGCUUUUUGUCAGUAUCCAUGGGUAGGAAGGGGAACGGACAGAGUGGAUUAGUAGAUCUGCUUGGAACAGAAUGUCAUGUACCUUUUCAUGUUUUCUACAUCGUAGACAUACGAAUUAAACAAAAAGUUUGAAAGAAAA